CCAUAUAAGACUGACAAAACUCGAUACUAGUUAGCUGUGGUAAACCAUCUAGUGUAUUGUGAUUGUGGACUCUCACUACAUCAGUUGUGAUACAUUGGAAAAUACAUUUAUUGUAACAGAAUACAUGUCCAUGUGAACAACGCCCUAUUAAUCGAUACGUGCAAUAAUGAAAUGAUGGACCAUAUGUCAAGUAUCGCCGAUGACAUCGGGUAGGUGAUAAAACUGUAGUUAACCAAAAUAAAAAGAUAUUCAAUCAGAUAUGUAUGUGAAGAGGAAGAAGGAAGCUACUGAUGUAACAACGGGAUUGUAAAGUGUGUAUGCAAGUUUGGUUAAGAUAUUUUAUUCUAUGAAAGUAAUAAUACCAGCGGAAGUUAAAUCGGAGAGAGCGAGUAUCGCGCUAGGGUUGUAUUUGGCUGCGAUGGCCCAGGAUGACUCGAAGGUCCCUGGCAUUCGGAACUCCAAGGAUGUCCUCAAGUUAUUCAAGAGAAGUGCCUCGGAGGCUUCUUUCUCGGCGCUGCAGCACAUGGAGCGGAACUACUGCAAGCUGGGGGACGUCAACCUGCGGCCUAAGGACAAGAACAACUUGCUCCCCGGCGGACAGAUACGGGUCGCAUCGCUAAAUGCCCUCAACUCUUCCGAACACGACGAGCUAAACGGCGACGCGCCAUUUGCCGGACGUCGCGACGUUUCCAACCGGAGCACGUCAAAGGAGAAGCGGAUCGUGAGUGCGCGUGGAAGUAUUCGGGGCUACAAGAACCGGGUGCGGUCAGGCAUUGCUACAUUUCACGAAGAAAACGGAUACUCGAAUGACACCCGGAAAGAUGAGAAAGGGAAGAUUGUCAUGUACACGAGCAGCAUGAUGGUGGUCCGGCAGACUGCGGACCGGUGCAAGGCGGCGCGCCACAUCCUCCAGACACACAUGGUCCGCUACGAGGAGCGAGACCUGUUUAUGAGCGCCGAAAACCAGAAGGAGCUGGCUGAGCGGCUAGGCCAGGAGGGAGUACCUCUACCUCAGGUCUUCGCCGACGGCAAAUACCUCGGGGAUUUCAAUGAUAUUCAACAGAUGAACGAAACUGGUGAACUCCGGAGUGUGUUCGAAAACUUUACGAAGAUCCAGGUUCGAUCUCACUGCGAUAAGUGUGGCGGCUACCGGUUCCUACCUUGCGGCUUCUGUCAUGGCUCCAAGAAGUCGCUCCACCGGAACGAGUUCACGGAGGAGUUUUGCGCUCUCCGGUGCAUGCAGUGUGACGAGAACGGGCUCGUACGGUGUGAUGAGUGUAUCGACCAGCAAGAAUGACGGCGGUGGACGGAGGCUCUGUUAUGACAGUGACAGGACUGGCUUAGUGGCCUUAGUGGAUAUUGACCUGUGAUGACCGUUCUUUUACCACGGUCGUAUAUGCAAGCCACAGCCCUUGCUGUAUUAAACAUUGAGAUGCAUUUUAACUCAAAGUGAAUACGUCGACAUGUGAUAAAUGUGCAAUUUUUACAACAUUAACUCUUGCCAUUUCUUGUGAAUGCAGUUUGACGGUUGACAAUUAGAAUGCUAUAUAUUUGUUCUGCUUCAAUAGUAGAAGGCCGUCCAUGCGCUGUUGAUCAGCCUGUGUUGUGUUUUGUAAGUGUUCACUGCUCUCAAGGCUGAACACGUGAUGUCAUAACAGUUUACAAGCCCUUCUACAAUUUUACAAGCAAACCAUUCUUGUCUUGACGUUAUAACAUGCCAUAAAAUAGUCUAACAUUGGUGAACGUAUUGAUUGGUCGUAUAUAGACCUGAUUUAAAUAAAAACCGAUGUCAAUGGUAAGAAAAGACUGAAAAUGUAUAUUCAUUUAUCUAGAAACGUUGUUUAAGACCAUUGCUUAUUUGUACAAAUGUAUACCGAUGCAUGUUACAUUGUUAUAUUGUUGUGUUUUAUCGAAUCUAUUUUUUCAUGCAACUGAAUAAAACCAAUGAGU